AUGUCUGAUGGGCUGGUCAGGAGACCAGCCUUGAGCCCAGUUGAAGAGUGUGGUGAACUGAAUGCUGCAAUGUGGGGGACCCGGUCCUCCUUCCCCAAAGCAGUUCAAUUCCAUGUGAAGAUUCUGGAGUUCUUUCUAUCACGCUCUGUGUCAGGCUUUGUGGGGAACACAGAGAUGAACAAGGUGAUGAGCUCGCUGCCAUUCACCCGGGUUGUAGCUAACUCUUCUCUGUCCGUAUCUGUGGAUACAAAGGCUGUGCUCCCUUGUCCUCCUGACAACCCCACAGCUUUGGUGGUAACAUGGACAAUAAGCCCCAGAGACCAGCCUCCCUGCACUAGAGCCCACAGGAGAGACAACAAUGAGACCAGUGAAAGAAACUGUACUGAUGCGAGAAUAUCCUGGGAGUCUAGACCUGAUCAGAAUCCUGCCCUUCAGAUUGACCCCGUGGCCAUCACUCAUGAUGGAUGUUACAGGUGUGAAGUGGCUGCAGCUGAUGGGCUUUUUGGUCAUACAUAUUACCUCCGAGUGUUAGUACCCCCCAAGGUGACCCUGUUUCGAGGCAUCAAUGGAACUGUUGUGUGCAGGGCAGCUGCAGGGAAGCCAUCUGCACAGAUCUUCUGGACCCCAGAGGGAGAUUGUGACACUGAGGAAGAACCCCUGGGCAAUGGUACAGUGACCGUGGAGAGUAAAUGCCACUGGGAGGACCUCCAGGUGUCUAAUGUGUCCUGCUCUGUCUCCCAUGUGACUGGCAACAAGAGUCUGUUCUUAGAGCUGGAAACAGGUGACCAAUUAUCACUAAACUUAACUAUUUUAUAUAUCACCUCCUCUAUUUCGGUUGCCUUGGUCAUUGCGGGAUCCAUUUGGCUUUGGAGAAUCGGUUGCUGCAGGUAUUCAGGUGAAAUGCAGUCUUAUGUCAGCUAUACAGAGAAGAAUACUCCACUUAAUGAUGCUGUGAGCAAGUGA